AUGGAGGAAAAGCCAUGGGCCAAAUACUUGGCUGAAACCAUCAACUUUCUCGAGAAAACACUUUCCCGUCUAUCCUCGCACCCUCUAUUCUCAAGCAUUGUCACUCUCUGCACUUUAAUUCUCCUCUAUUUCCCUUCACAUUUCUUGCAAAUUGUUUUCUCCCCGGUUCUUAUAUCAACUGCAAUUCUUUUACUCACUCUUCUUCGGUUAGCCGCAUUCCAAAGGAUCCAAAAGGAAUUCAAUUCCAUCCAACCACAACAAACCCUUGAUUUAUUCCGGGGAGAUCACAAAUGGGUCGAAUCAUGCGAAACAAGUUCAGAAUUCAACACUGCGACGGGUUUGGGUUUGGGUUUCGAUUUGGAUCCAAACCCGUUUUACGCCGACUCGUUCGUUGAAUGGAACCUGAGAGCACCAUUGGAGGUCAUCUACGAAGAUUACGAAGGCGAAGAAGAUGAUGAAGAAAGAGAUGAUGUUUGGAAGGAGAAAGAAGAUACAUGUUUUAUGGGUAUAGAAAGAUAUAACUCGUUGUCGCUGUAUUACCCGGAAUCUGACACGGAUAGCUCGUCGGACGGCGGGUUUCCGGCGAUGGGAAGCUGGGAAUUGCCGGAGAGUAUGUGUUUCAGGUGGGACGAGGAGGACAGAGAUGGGUUGAUCGAGAUUCAAUUGGAUGGUAAGAGAACAAGUGGAGUGUUUCAUGUUGAAGAAGACAAUCUGAUCGAGAUUGACAUAUCACCGUCGAGAACUCCGGCGAGGAAUGGUCCAUUUGCAGGCAAGGGUUAG